AUGACAACAAGAGUACGAAACAAUAAUAUGACUAUCAGAAUUGAAACUGAAUUAGAAAAAAAUAGAGAAGAACAAAACUGGGCGAAAGUAACUGAGUUAGCGGAACAAUUAAGGGAUAAGUCUCCAAAUUUUGAAUAUUUAUCAGACUUUUUAAUCGGAGAAGGGAAAUUAGAAAAGUAUUUGGAAGAAUGGCCCCCAAUUGAAGCCAACAUACACAGGGCGAAAUUAGGUUUAAUUGAGGCAAAAAGGUAUCUUCAAUUGGCUUCAAAUGAAGCAGGAAAGCAGGCAGGUGUAGCACUAGACGCAAAUUUACUACUUGGGAAGCUAAAUUACUGUUGUGGCCAGUAUGCAGAAAGCUUGAAUAGCUUCCAGUUGGCUGAGCUUGACAGUUUAUCAGAAAAAAAGUUACCAAUAAGAAGUUUAAGAAUAGUUGCCGAAUCAUUUGCAAUAAAAGCUCUAUGUUUGGCAAAAGAUAACAGUGCAUCUAGCAAAUUUAAGAAAGCUGAAAGAGAAGAAGAAAUGAACAAAAGCUUUGCAACAGCUUCCAAUCUCAGCCUUCUUUACAUGCAAGAAUUUGAUAAGCAACAAAUGUCUGUGUCUUCAGUUACAGGUACUCAUUCCCCACUGCCACCUCCAUUAAACAAAACUCUUAGUCCUAUUAUGGAACAAGCACUGUUGGAUGCCCCUACACAUCUUGUAAAACAGAAUAAACCUGUCUUAGCAUUAGAAAGGUUUAGAUCAACAUUAAGUGCUGUUGAAUCACAAUCAGUUCACACAGUUCGGUUAAAACUUAUGUGCCAAAUGGCUGAACUAUUGCUCCAGGGAAUGAUAGAUAAAGGGUAUAAACCACCUCUUGAACGACCUCAAAAAGAAUCGCCGUGGAAGCCAAAACAGUAUAACAAUUUAAAUCAAUUUGUUCCUAAAAAUGAACAAGAAGAAAUUCUUUUAGUUUUAUUGAUAGCAGAAUCGAUAGCGGUACGUCAUGCGGUUCUGUCGCAAUUUCCAGAGUUUAAAGAAGCUAGAAAUAAUUCGUUGCAGGAUGCUUUUUUUAUUUACGAUUUGUUAACUUUGGCGACUGUGCGAUGGGGACAAGUGAGCUUAUUACAGGAGUCAUUAGAACGCGCCAUGAAAUUCUCUUUUGAGGAACCUUACGUUUGGCGCCAGCAUGCUCUCAGCUUGAUUGCUUGCGGGAGUCAUAAACAAGCACUGAAUACACUAGUGGAAGUCAUCCGUAUUGAUCCUACGAAAUCAAUCAAUUGUCUUUUAGCUGCACGGUUAUGUUUUGAACAUUUAGAGAAUCCAGUCGUAGGUACCAAUUAUAGUUUAGACGCUAUGAAGAAGGAAUUAUUACAUCCUUCGGGAUUACUGGGGCGUUGCCAUUUAUAUAUUGGUAUUGGAUAUCAUUUGCAACAGACCCUGUCAAUGUUCAAACAAGAAAAACAGAAACUUAAUGAAUUAGCUUUUGAGCAUUUGCAAUUAGCAGUACAACUAGAACCAAACGAUCAUUUGUGUCAUUAUUACUUGAGCUUGCACCUAGCCAACAAUGAAAAAAUGGAAGAAGCCCUUUAUUACGCCAAUAUAGCACAAACACUAAGGCCUGAAAACUCAGCAAUUUUACACUUGACAGCUUUACUGUUAUCUGCCAAAAGGGAAUACGCGGAGGCCUUAGACAUGGUCGCGACUGCCUUAGAGGAGUAUCCUGAUUGCUUAAAUUUAAUGUAUCUCAAGGCACAUCUCGAAUUAAAUGAAGAUAACGGCGAUAGUGCUUUAACAACUGCCAGGCAAAUGUUGGAGCUUUGGAAAACCCUCUAUGAAGGACAAACCACUUCAGAUGUACCUGAAUGUGAUCGCAAGAGUGAUACACGGUCCGUUUUUCAACUUUACACGUCUGAAAUGUCUGACAAAGAUUCGAGCUCUUUACAAACUCAUAGCGUAGCCGCUUCUAAAGUUGAACAAGCUCUUAGCGAAGUCGCGAGUUCUAUGAGUAGUUUUAGUCCUCGACCUGGGCCUCAACGCGCGUGGCUCUUGCUGAUGGAAAUAUGGCUGCUUUUAGCUGAAAUUUACUUGAACUUAAAUCAGCUGGCUGAUGCCCAGCAAUGUAUACAAGAGGCUACUCAAAUAUUUGCUCUUUCUCAUCAUAUAAUGCAUAUGAAAGGUCUUGUACAUAUGCACAAAAAAGAAUGGACGGAAGCAAAAAACUGUUUUCAGAACGCUGUAGCCAUAAACCCGAACCAUAUCAAGUCAUUACAACAGUUAGGUAUGGUGUACCACUAUAUGGACUGUCAAGGUCUGGCAGAAGCAACCCUUAGGAACGCCGCUAAAAUCGAACCAAGCAAUCACAUAACGUGGUAUAAUUUGGGCAAAGUUCUGGAGUCGAUUAAUGAAUUUGAGAAAGCCAGCAGCUGUAUGGCCACAGCAUUGGAUGUCGAAGCCAAAAAUCCCAUACUUCCAUUUGACACAGUUCCGUUAUGUUUCGAAUAAAUUAUAUAGGUGCACUUAUUCCAUGACUUCUUUUGCAUUUACUUAUUUUUUAUCAAGUUGCAAAUUAUUACGCCAUUUCCUUCUGAUAAAAAUUUGGCAAUAACAUCAUAGUACUUCUAAUAUUUAUAUUAUACAUAAAUUACUUGAAUAAAAAAAAUAAAUCAUCUAUGAAGCUACGUUGACAUGUUGACAACAGUAGCUCUUUAAAAUUAGAUAGCAUUAAAACGGUGCGCCCUCGAAAAGACGCAUUAGAAGUCACUGAAUCUGUCAAAAAAAAAUUGAUUUAUUAAAAAUAAACACUUUGUCCUUUGGCAUUUUUUCGGAAAAUACACCCUUUUCGAGUUAUAAGUUAUAAGUAGUUUUUGCAUUAUAAAGCUCGAAAAAGCCAGUCAAAGAUCUACAUUUCAGCAUGUCAGUUUUCUUUGAACUUUUUUUAAUUUAUUCGGUCGCAAAUAAAGCAACUUUUCGUAUUCGUUCUGAAAUUUUACAUUGAAAUAUCGUAAGGAACGAUUCAUUUUCUGACUUGGUUUGUUAAAAAAUAUUUCGUAGUAGGCAUUUUUGGACCUAACAUCGUCUAUAACUCAAAAAUGGUGAAUUUUUGAAAAACGGCUAAAAACAGAAAUUGCGUAUUUUUAACCUGUUAACUUUCUUCGGAAGGUUCAGUGAUUUUUUUUAUGCAUCUCUUUAAAAAUGUACUGCUCGCUUAUAAAUAUCAAUACUUUUGACAACAACUUGUAGAAAACGUGUAGAAGAGGGAUUAAAAAAAAUAAAAUCAAAAAUUACAAAAUAAAUAUUUUCAACUUG